CGGCCCGGCCGAGCCCCCGGCCCGCGCCGCGCUCCUCCCAGGCGGGCGCGGGGCGACACUGCAGACGUGGCUCCGCCGGCGACGGCCGGGCUGGGCGCCUCUGCGUGCGCGCUGCGGGAGGCCGGCCGGGAGCGGGGAGCCGGCCGGGAGCCAGAGCCCAAGCCGGAGCCGGAGCGGGAGCGGCGGCCCCUCCGCGGAGCCGGGCUCUGGUGACCUCAGUCUUCUUGCGUGCAAUGGGCAGAGUAGCAGCCCCCUCAAAGGGCAGUGGGGAGGAUUUGCUGAAAUAACACCUGGCAAGUCCUUGGUACAGAGCCCAGCACAUAGUAGGUCCCUGUCUCAGCACCUGCAGAGGGCAUCAUGGCCGUGGACGUGGCAGAAUACCACCUGAGCGUCAUCAAGAGCCCCCCUGACUGGGAGGUGGGUGUCUACGCUGCCGGGGCCCUGGCACUGCUGGGAAUUGCGGCCGUGAGCCUGUGGAAGCUCUGGACAUCGGGGAGCUUCCCCAGCCCCUCCCCGUUCCCAAACUACGACUACAGGUACCUUCAGCAGAAGUAUGGCGAGACCUACGCAGAGGCCAGGCAGAAGAGAGUGCCUGCCUGGAAUGCCCAGCGGGCCAGCACCCGGGGGCCACCCAGUCGCAAAGGCAGCCUCAGCAUUGAGGACACCUUCGAGAGCAUCACCGAGCUGGGGCCCCUGGAGCUGAUGGGCCGUGAGCUGGACCUGGCCCCCUACGGGACCCUCCGGAAGUCCCAGUCGGCCGACUCCCUGAACUCCAUCUCCUCCGUGAGCAACACCUUCGGGCAGGACUUCACGCUGGGCCAGGUGGAGGUGAGCAUGGACUACGAUGCCGCCUCCCACACCCUCCACGUGGCUGUGCUGCAGGGCAAGGAUCUUCUGGAGCGGGAGGAAGCCAGCUUCGAGUCCUGCUUCAUGCGAGUCAGCCUCCUGCCUGACGAGCAGAUCGUGGGCAUUUCCCGGAUCCAGAGGAACGCCUAUUCCAUCUUCUUCGACGAGAAAUUCUCCAUCCCCCUGGACCCUGCAGCCCUGGAGGAGAAGAGCCUGCGGUUUUCCGUAUUCGGCAUCGAUGAGGAUGAGCGGAAUGUCAGCACAGGGGUGGUGGAGCUGAAGCUUUCUGUGCUUGACCUCCCGCUGCAGCCCUUCAGCGGCUGGCUCUACCUGCAGGACCAGAACAAGGUCGCUGAUGCCGUGGGUGAGAUCCUGCUCUCGCUCAGCUACCUCCCAACGGCCGAGCGCCUUACCGUGGUCGUGGUGAAAGCCAAGAAUCUCAUCUGGACCAAUGACAAGACCACAGCGGACCCCUUCGUCAAGGUGUACUUGCUGCAGGAUGGAAGGAAGAUGAGCAAAAAGAAGACGGCUGUGAAGAGGGACGACCCUAACCCAGUGUUCAACGAAGCCAUGAUCUUCUCGGUGCCAGCCAUUGUGCUCCAGGACCUGUCUCUCCGUGUGACGGUGGCUGAGAGCAGCAGUGAUGGCCGCGGGGACAAUGUAGGCCAUGUCAUCAUCGGGCCGUCAGCCAGUGGCAUGGGCACCACGCACUGGAACCAGAUGCUGGCCACCCUGCGCAGGCCCGUGUCCAUGUGGCACCCUGUCCGGCGAAAUUAGCAGCCGGGGCAGGGCCUGGGUGGGCACCGGAGGCCAGAACAAGCUCAGCUCUGAACACCCUUCUCCGUAGUCCAGCUGGAGCCAUGAACCCUGGGGUCCCCAGUGGAGUCCCCGAGAGUCAUCUUGGUCCCUCUGUCCAGGCUGCAGUGGAGGAGCAGGCCUGGCUGGAUGUCCAGGGACCCAGGGUUUUCUCCCACGGAGGACCAGCUGUGGCUGGACCAGGACCUGGGAGGACAGCCAGGCACUGGCCCACUGUGCUCCCAUUUUGAGAUUCCCCAAAAGGUCUGUCCCUCAGCCUGGGGGGGCGGCCUUGGCCUCUCAGCGCUCCCCACACCCCACCCCUGCGGGGAGGCCAUGCAUAGGAGCCGGAUGCGUCUUGGGGGACCAGGCGCUGUGUAAGGCACAGAGGAGGUGACAUGAACGAGACACAGCCCCUGGGAUGUUGGGAAGAUGAGAGCCCCCUUCCCCGGGUGCUCUGCUCGGGACAGAACGGCAGCCCUGCCGCGCGGACCUGGGGAGCCUCUGGGAAACUGGUGGGGGGCACGAUGGCGGCUGCACCUGGAGGGACAGAGAGAGGACUGGGUGUCCCCAGCCGGUGGCCCAGCCUCAGAGAGGCAGGAUGCAGACGUCCCUGUCCCAAACGCAGUCCUCAGCCUCUUGUGUGCACACGAACCCUCUCUUGGCAGGAGGAGAGACUGAGGGACCAUGUGGGAUGCCAGCUCCCGAGACAUCGGCCAUGAACUCUGAUCCCUCCAACCCUGACCCUUAAAAGGCCCGGGGGCCCAAAGGGGCCCAGGUCCGUUUUCAGUCCCACACAGUCAGGCACUGGCUCUUCAAAGUUUGCUGGAAUCCCCCCAGGCCGGAAGGGAAGAGAGACGCCUCAGCCUCCGGGGGCCUGGAGGGCGAUGGGGCCGUGGGCGAGGCCUCUGUGGGCGGCGGGCCCCUGGGAGGGGUGUGGGGCAGGAGGCCCUCGGAGGAAGGGCCAGCCCCAGUGGUGGCCUUGGUGAGGGGACAUCGGGGAUGGGGGGUCAGGAUGGUGGGGGCAGGGUUGAAUGCCAGCCAGACCGGGAAGGGGUGGCUCUGGAGCAUGGCUCUGACUCCCAGGACACCAGGGGCCCAGGGACAAGUUCCAGAGGCAGACCCUGGGGUCCUCAGGCUGGGGGUUUCUUGGCAGAGAGAACCUCAGGAGAGACCUGUAAGGGAGCCGGGCAGCCUUGGGGCCUGGGAAGAAGCCGGCAAGUUGUGACCUCAGCAGAGUCGAGCUUCAUGCCGAUGUCGCCGCCCGAUGGGGCUCUGUCGUGGGAAUGGCAGCCCAGAGGGGGCCCCCCCAGAAGCCCAGGGUGGGGCUGUUAGACCCCAAGGAAUCAAGCUCCCACUCACCCUCAAGGAGGAAAGGCCUACAUAGACGUCUGGGUGUCACUGAGGCAGCUGCAAUGCACCAAAGGCGGCCCCAUUGAAGCAGGAAGCUGAGAACUAGGGGGUCCCACAGGGAUGGGGGGCGCACAGCCGCCUCUGCUCUGCGUGGGGUGGGGGGCAGCAGUGAGAGUGUGGGUUCUCAGGCCGGAUGCCUCUGGACCCGGUGGGCUGUGGAGACACAGGCCUAACCAGGUUCCCCCGGUGAUGCUGGGGGGCCCAGGGUGGUCAUGGGCCUGGAGGCAGGACCGUGGUUCUCCCCACCUGACACAGCUGAGGCCCAGCCAGAGGCCAGGCCGUCCACCAUGUGACCAGGACCAGGUCUGCCCGGCCCAGGCCAGCACAGGGCCUGGGGACACAGCCCCUGCGCCUGGGAGACCUCACACUUGUUCCCCCACCGCCCCAGUGGCUCUGCCGUGCAGGCCAGUUACUGCCACCUUCUCUUCCCCUCUGUCCUUCCCUCUAACUGCAUGAACCGCUGACUGUGCACCCGGAUGGGCGCGGUGGGGACCCCGUAUGCUGACUGGAAUGAUUCUAGAACCAAAAUAAAGCUGGGGCAGGAUGGAGGGGGCUUCUGGAGAGCCCUGCUCGCCCCGAACCAUGUUCGUCUCCGGAAAU